AUGAAGGUGGCUUCGGCUUCAUCUACGGCACCGGUCGUGCAAGUUUGGUUGGCGGUUGCCGUGACAAGCAUAGUGACUGCGUACCUGCUCAUUGCAUUGCCAUCAACACUGCCGGACAGCAUUGUUCACAAACCAGCGAGCGCCGCCUCUGAUUCCAGGACCACCACGGCUGCCACCACAACGACGACGACUGCGGCGCCGAUGCCAAUUCCAGUCGAGCCGACUCCGCAAGCCCUCUAUGUCGGCAGCUUGAUCGAGGAGGUGACAGGAUUUGCGGACUUGUUUGCCGAGACCGAGCUGCGCGUUCACGUCAGAGGCCUCAAGUGGGCAGAGGGCCCCACCUGGGUGCCGGCCGGAGCUCGCAUCCUGACCAGUGUACCAACGACACAGGAUCAGGUCAUCUUUUCUGACACAAAGACCAACAUCAUGCACUACUUCAUUCCAGCCACCGGCAAAAGCGGCCCUUUUCUCACGCCAUCAGGUUGCUAUGAAAGCAAUGAUGUACCCUGCGACUCGCAUGGUGCUCGGCGGGUGAUCUUGCUGGUAAAUGGUACAAUCAUACCCUUGGCUGAGAAGUAUCGCGGCGCACGCUUGAACAGCCCGAAUGAUCUGACCCUGGAUGCAGAGGGCAACAUCUUUUUCACCGACCCUUCGUAUGGGUUUAACGACCGAGAGCUGGAUACCCGCCGAGAGCUGCGAGAGAACAACGUUUUCAAAAUCCCCAGUGCUUACAUCAAGGCAAGUUCCCACAACUGCUGGAUCGGCCCCCGUAUCAGACCGAUCAGGCGCUAUCUGGCUGGCAAGAGCACCCUAGAUCCUGUCAAGCUCCGCCUCACGGGCCUGGACACGCCACUGUUUCGUCCCAACGGAAUCUAUGCUCACAAUCAAAAACUUUACAUUGCCAACUGCAUCCCAGAUAACCAGGGCUAUUGGGUGGUGUGUGAAACUGUCAGUGCCAACGGCAUGGCUACAUGCGAGCCCUUUGCUCAGGAGCACGUGCGUAGCGGCGUCAAGGCCAUCGGUGCAGCAGACGGCCUCAAGGUUGAUUCUGAGGGUCGACUGUGGGCCACGGCCGCAGGAGGCGUCCACGUUUUUGCUCCAGACGGAACGCGUCUGGGCAUGGUGCGCACAGAUAAAAAGACGGGCAACCUUGCCUUUGGGGGGGAUGGCCGCCUCUACCUGACCGUGGAUGAUGUGCUGGCCAGCAUUGCGCUGGUAUUGACGUGA